GACAUCAAAUCUUCAGUCCUUAGGGCUCUAACGAUGAGCAAAAAGUAGAUAUAUUAGUGAUCCAACCCUUCUUCAGUUUAUAUAACAUUAUUGAAAUAUUAACAUGCGUAUUCAUAUUUGUUAUUACGCUUACGAGCAGUCAUUCCCAAUGUGAAUUCAGAAGUGAUAAGUCAAAAGCGAUGCAAAAGAAUUACCAUUUAUUUUCAACCAAUGAGGAUUACGUGAAACAUUGUCUCGUGCUUAAGGCCAAGGUCAUUCAUUCCUUCAUACUUUUUUAGCAAAGCCAAAACAAAUUUAAGCAUACAAAACAUGAAGUUCGAAAUGGAUAUUUAUAGUCAUUGGCCAUUGUCAAGCUGCUAAGCAUUUUUACCGCAAUCAAGUAGAGAACUAAGUCGCAUUCUUUGUUUAACGUAAAAGGCAAAGUAAUUUUGAACGUGAAAAGCAUUGACGCGCCAAUACCUAGACACAAAAUGAAAAUCGUCUUAGUGCGUCAUACGAGUUACCUGGACUAAAUUUUAAAAUGUUUAAGCUCGAAGGUCGAAUGAAUAUAUUCUGUCUGAUAUUGGCAUAUCGACCGCAAUAUGCUAUCAACAGUCAUUAAUCGUCACGUCUUCAAACUUCAAUCUAACAGGAUGAUGCUGAUGACGGUAGACUCUGUCCCUGCUGUGGCUCUGGCCGGUGACCGGCGCUGGGGCCGCCGCCGGGGGUCAGGGUGCCGGACUCGGCCCCAGUCAGCUCAACGACGACAUGCUCGUACCGUCCGGCUGGCCGCCGUGGUCCGGUGGCCGGCGUCAGCACAAACUGCUGCGCCGGCCGCACCAGCCCGACGAGCCGGCGCUGCCGGAUGCCCUGUGGCCGCCGGGCAGCAGCGGCUGGCCAGAGGUGCCCUUCUACCUAUCAGAGGGGGCCGGGGCGGACGUCCGCGAGGCCUGGGAGCACGGCCGGCAGCAUUGGGAGGCCAACACGUGCAUCACAUUCCGAGAGGUGGCGUUCCCGGCGGGCACGCGGCCCAACUGUAGCCGCCUCAGCCAGCAGCCGGUGGUAUGCGUGCAGGGCGAGCCGGAUGGCUGUUACUCGGAUGUGGGACGACAGCUACCCUCCCGCUCGGAGCCGCCUGGCUGCAGCCGCAGGUGUUGAACCUGGACCCGGAGAUCUGUAAACAAACGACGGUGAUCCACGAGAUCGGGCACACCGUCGGCCUGGCUCACGAGAUGUCGAGGCCAGCAGCGCGCCGACACCUCAAGGUGAACUUUCACCACAUGCGUCUGUCACCGAACCUGUGGGCCCAGUCCCAGGUGUGCGACCUGGCCGCCUCGCGCGUGCCCUACGACUACCUCUCCAUCAUGCACUACAGCACGUUCGCCGGCAGCCGCGACGGCCAGCCCGUGUUCGUGACACGAGACCCACUGCGUCAGCACCUGGUGGAUCACAAUGAUGACGUGCGCUUCAUCGCCGGCCUCCCGGGACUAUCCCAUCUGGAUCGGUAUGUCAUCAACACAGAGUAUGGCUGCGAGCAACUGUGGGCGGCGGCACACUGCGGAGGGAGGAUCACGCCCUGCCGGAACCUGGGCUACAUGGGCGCCGACUGCCGCUGUGUGUGCCCACGCAGUCACCUGGGAGCAUUCUGUCAGAUCAGCACGCAGCCGCUGUGGCCGCGACCGGCCUGUGUGCGCACCGUGACAGAACCAGAGGAGUUCUCCCUCUCCAGCGCGGGUAUGGGGUCAGACACGAGCGGCGGCCAGAGUCGUGCACUGUGCUGGUGCGCGGUGCCACUGGAACGCUCGCCCGUGUGGAGGUGCACGCAGCGACGUUCCUAGCAGUAGCACUCGCCAAUCUCAGUGUCCCAAGGCUAGCGCGUGAUGCCUGCGGUCUUGGACUUUCCGUGCUUGUUCUUCCAGGCACUGCAAGCGACGGGCGCAAUGAAUGUGUGGACACAUUCGUGUCUACCCCAGAGAAGGGGAUCCACGUGCCCCACCGCGCCGCUACGCUGCACGUGCGCGUACAUCAGGUCACAACGCACCUAGAGCCGGUGCUGCGCCAGAUUCGUAUCCGCGUCUCGUUUGUCGCCGACGCGGCGGCGCAACUGCGUGUGGAGCCGGUGAACGGGGAAGGUAGGAUGCUGGACGCGCUCACUCGAUACCACGCCAGAGUGGCCGAGGUCGUGGAGAGAGUGGACCCGGAGGCGGCGGGAGGAGCCACCCGGACGGGAGAGAGGGGACUGGUGACGGGCGUGGUGCUGGUGUUGGUGGUGAUUGCUGCGAAUAGAUAACACAAGCGGGUGGUUUGUCUAGGAAAUAUGAAAUUGGGGUAGUCGCAGUGGGAAGAACGUAGCUAAGUUUGUAUGUAUAUUGUGAAAAUAUAUUUGAUAUCCGA